UGAAUUGCAUAUUGGGAGGCAAACAGUGAAAUAAAUCGGUAAUAAAUUAUACAAUUAACUAUACAAUUCGAUAUACAAAUCGUGGACAGCGUUGCUGGUUAGUUUGGUGCAAAGAUGACCCAAGUGCCGUGUUACACGAUCAUCAACUCGCCGGACCUCGAGGUGCCGAACGAGAUGCAGCUGAAGCAAGACCUCGAAAAAGGCGACACGAAUGUAAAAAUCGAGACGCUCAAGAAGGUGAUCAAGCUGUUGCUAAACGGUGAGCGCUAUCCGGGUCUCAUCAUGACCAUCAUACGGUUCGUGCUGCCCGUUCAAAAUCACACUAUCAAAAAGCUGUUACUCAUCUUCUGGGAGAUUGUACCGAAGACCUCGGCCGAUGGCAAGCUGCUCCAGGAGAUGAUACUCGUGUGCGAUGCCUACCGCAAGGACUUGCAACAUCCGAAUGAGUUUCUGCGCGGUUCCACGUUGCGCUUUUUGUGUAAGCUGAAGGAACCGGAGCUGCUGGAGCCCCUGAUGCCGGCCAUACGGGCCUGUCUGGAUCAUCGCCACUCGUAUGUGCGCCGCAAUGCUGUCCUGGCCAUAUUCACCAUAUACAAGAACUUUGAUUGGCUGGUGCCAGAUGGUCCCGAGCUGAUUGCCAACUUCCUGGACACGCAGCAGGACAUGUCGUGCAAACGCAACGCCUUCCUCAUGCUCCUGCACGCCGACCAGGAGCGUGCUCUUAACUAUCUGGCCUCGUGCAUCGAUCAGGUGCAGAGCUUUGGCGACAUACUCCAGUUGGUCAUUGUGGAGCUCAUCUAUAAGGUGUGCCACGCCAAUCCCUCCGAGCGUUCGCGCUUCAUUCGCUGCAUCUACAAUCUUCUCAAUUCGUCGUCGAAUGCGGUGCGCUACGAAUCCGCUGGCACCCUGAUUACGCUCUCGCUGGCGCCGACUGCAAUAAAAGCAGCUGCCGGCUGCUACAUUGAGCUGAUUGUCAAGGAAAGUGAUAACAAUGUGAAGCUCAUCGUGCUCGACCGUCUGAUUGCCAUGAAGGAGAACGAGAACAUGGAAAAGGUCAUGCAGGAUCUGGUAAUGGAUGUGCUGCGCGUGCUUGCCGCCCCAGACAUCGAGGUGCGCCGCAAGACUCUGGCCCUGGCCAUGGACUUGGUCUACUCACGCAAUAUCAACGAAAUGGUGCAGGUGCUGCAGAAGGAGGUGGCCAAGACGCACAACGUUGAGCACGAGGAUACGGGCAAGUAUCGCCAGCUGUUGGUGCGCACCCUGCACACUUGCUCCAUCAAGUUCCCGGAUGUGGCCAGCAAUGUGAUACCAGUGCUGGUGGAGUUCCUCUCCGACACAAACGAGCUGGCCGCCGUCGAUGUGCUGAUCUUUAUUCGCGAAGCAAUACAAAAGUUCCCUGCGCUGCGCGGGCUUAUUAUAAAGCAUCUGAUUGAGGCCUUCCCACAAAUUAAAUCCUCAAAGAUUCAUCGUGCUGCGGUCUGGAUAUUGGGCGAGUAUGUCGAGGGCGAACUGAUGCUCGAGGUGAUUGAGGCCAUACAGCAGACCCUCGGCGAGAUACCCAUGGUGGAUGCGGAGCAACGCCGCCUCGCCGGCGAUCAGACCGAGGAGCAACUGCAGCAGCAGCAGCAACAGCAAUCGGGCACGGCCGCCAGCGGCGAAGCAACCAUUAGCAGCAGCAACAAGGUUACAUCCGAUGGCACCUAUGCCACGCAGAGCGCCUACAGUCUGGCACCAGUAACCAAGAAGGAGAAGCGACCACCGCUGCGCCAGUAUCUGAUGGAUGGUGACUUCUUUAUUGGCGCCGCACUCUCGGCCACGCUGACCAAGUUGGCGCUGCGCUAUGCUGAGCUGGAGCCGGAUCCACGCACACAAAACCGUGUUACCACACAGGUGAUGCUCAUCAUGAGCUCCAUAUUGCAUCUGGGCAAAUCUGGUUUUCCCAGCAAGCCCAUCACAUACGAUGACUCGGAUCGCAUCAUGAUUUGCCUGCGCACGCUCAGCGAGCGCACGCCGGAGGCGGUGGCCGUGUUUAUGCACGAUUGCCGCGAUGCGCUCGGCAAGAUGCUGGAUGCCCAGUCGGAGGAGGAUCAGCGCAUGCUGAAGGAGAAACAGCGUGCCACGGCCAAGGUGCAGCCGGAUUCGCCGGUGCUGUUUGCGCAGCUGUCAAACGGACGCGACAAUCAGCUAGGCGAAAAUGUUUUCGAAUCCAGCUUGAAUCAAGCAUUGGCUGGCACCAAGAGCGCCCAGCUCAGCGACAUGUCCUCGCCCAACAGCAAGCUUAACAAGGUCACCCAGCUAACGGGCUUCUCCGAUCCGGUCUACGCCGAGGCCUACGUUAAUGUCAACCAGUACGACAUUGUGCUGGACGUGCUGAUCGUCAACCAGACAAAUGACACACUGCAGAACUGCACAUUGGAGCUGGCCACUUUGGGCGAUCUGAAACUGGUGGAGCGUCCGCAUCCAGUGGUGCUCGCGCCGCACGAUUUUUGCAAUAUAAAGGCCAACGUAAAGGUCUCCUCCACAGAGAAUGGCAUCAUCUUUGGCAAUAUAGUUUACGACACGGCGCUGAAUACUAACGUUGUGGUACUCAACACCAUACACAUUGACAUCAUGGAUUACAUCAUUCCGGCCAGCUGCACAGACACCGAGUUCCGUCAAAUGUGGCAGGACUUUGAGUGGGAGAACAAGGUGACCGUUAACACCAGCUUCACAGAUCUGCACGAGUAUCUCAAGCACCUGCUGAAGAGCACCAACAUGAAGUGCCUGACGCCCGAAAAGGCACUUUCUGGCCAAUGUGGCUUCAUGGCCGCCAACAUGUAUGCCAAAUCCAUUUUCGGAGAGAACGCCUUAGCCAAUUUGAGCAUUGAAAAGCCCGUUGAUGAUCCCGACUCGAAAGUAACUGGCCACAUACGUAUACGCGCUAAGAGCCAGGGCAUGGCACUUAGCCUGGGCGAUAAGAUAAGCUCCUCGCAGAAGCAAUCGGUGCAGGCCGCCUAGUUGAUCAUUAAUAAAGGAAACAAUAGGAGCAACAAGAGCAGCAGCAGCAGCCAGCACAAGAAAUUCAACAUAUUUUAGAGGUAGUCGAGCCACGGCCUGCAUUCCGCCUGAUUUUUAAUAAAAGCAGACCACAACAGCUACAACAUACAGCAUACUACAAUAAUGCAUUCAAUUAUAAAUAAUAAAGUUAACCGCCCCAA